AUGGAAAGCGGGCUGGCCAACGAAAAUGACGAAAUACAUCGCAGGAUCCUGCAGAAUACGCUGCAAGAGGUGGCUGCAAGAGAACAGUCGGAUAACGCCACCAAGUGCUGUGUCAUCUGCCUAGACACUGUCAGCGAUGCCUGCGAACUUUUGCCCUGCGGGCAUGACAGCUUUGACUAUCUUUGUAUCUUGAACUGGCUCUAUGAUAAACCCCUAUGUCCCCUCUGUAAGAGGGAUGUAGCCAAAGUACAACGAGGGCCUCCUGAACGGCGAGAAACAACCAUUAUAGAACCGAAACCAAAGCCGUCUCCAGCAAGGACAUACUCCCAUCAACCAUCAUUUCCGCGCCCCAGAGCUAGAGCGCCCAGGACACCUCGAUUGACGACCCAGAAUGACGCCGCAGAAAGAGUUCAGAUCCUUCGGCGUGACGUUUACCUACAUAAGAGAUUCUCAAAGCAUGUUGGCUCCAACCGGCUCUCUCUAUAUCGGGAGCUGACACCAAGCCUCUUCUGCCGUGAUGAGCAUCUUGUGUCUCGAGCACGCAUGUGGAUCCGCCGCGAACUGCAGGUGUUUUCAUUUCUCACAGCUGAUGAGCCUGCUGCCACUGCUGCCACUGCUGCGACUACUGCUACUACUUCUGCCACCUCUGAUCCAAGCGAAUCCCAAGCGCGGCGGAGAGCGAACAACGCCGAGUUCUUGCUGGAGUAUAUUAUUGCCAUCCUGAAGUCUGUGGACAUCAUGGGCAGCGCCGGCCAAGCUGAGGACAUGCUAUCGGAGUUUCUUGGCCGAGAUAACACGCGGGUGUUUCUGCACGAGUUACGAUCAUGGCUUAGAAGUCCAUUCACAAGACUCGAAGACUGGGAUCGAGCAGUACAAUAUGAUCCGGUCCCACCAGAGGAGUCUCCAUCCGGGCCGGCGCCAGACCGGAGCCGAAAUGAAGAUGCGCCUCAAAUGCGGCACACUCAGAACCAAAUGCGAUCCAGAGGCGACUAUUACCGCCCUGGGCCAGCUCGAGGUUACCGCGAACAGAUGCGGAAAUCAAGACAUGAGCCAUAUGUACACGGCAGGCGAAGAAGAGAGAGAAGCGAUUAG